GUACACACUGCCAAUGAAGACCAGAGUGGAUAUUAACAUUACAAGGAAUCACAGAGGAAUAACAUCCCGCUCCAUCUUCACUAAAGGGAAUACCUGCUUUUAUGCUCAAUUACAAAUCACUGGGAUUAAGCGACAUCAUAUUGCAGCUGUAAGUUAUUUUAUUUUAUUAUUGCAUGCACAAGGCUACGUGGAAACGUUUGUACAUAUUUACAGCAGAUAUACUUGUAAUUUAUAGUAUAGGCUAUUUUCUAUUCAAUUGACUGGGAUUUGGUUUUCCAUGUGUGCAGCAGCGUGCGUUGUCAUUGGGCAUAUAUAUCCCAUAUAUUUUGACAGAUUUGAUUUACACUGACAGGAGGCUAGAACUCGAGGUGCGCUCAUUUGUGAAUUUAACGAGAAGUGAAACAAUGCAGUUAUAAUUAAUGCAACAUUGCACUAGUAUAUUUAUGACUUUUUAAAAGUUCUAGUUAAAAUAUAAAGUUGCAAGUUUUAGUAGGUCAAGGUUGCAACACUAAUUUAGAGGCACUGUAAUGCAUUGGUCAAAAUAUGCAUGCACUUGUUCAGUGCACGACUAAAGUUUGCGUGGUUGAAUACGUCUGUUAGUUCUUUUGAAGAGCUUCUAAAGAACCCGCUCCCUUUAACCUCGAAUGCAACAUAAAUAGCGAUAUAGCAUCAGGUGGUGGAAAAAGUACCCAAUUGUCAUACUUGAGUAAAAGUAAAGAUCCCUUAAUAUAAAAUGACCCAAGUAAAAGUGAGUCACCCAGUAAAAUACUACUUGAGUAAAAGUCUAAAAGUAUUUGGUUUUAAAUAUACUUAAAUAUCAAAAGUAAAUGUAAUUGAUCAAAUAUACUUAAGUAUCAAAAGUAAAAGUACAAGUAUAAAUCAUUUCAAAUUCCUUAUUUUAAGCAAACCAGAUGGCACCAUUUUCUUGUUUUUAUUUAUUUAUUUAUGAAUAGCCAGGGGCACACUCCAACACUCAUUCACAUAAUUUACAAAUGUGUUUAGUGAGUCUGCCAGGUCAGAGACAGUAGGGAUGAUCAGGGAUCAUGUUCUCUUGAUAAAUGUGUGAAUUUGACAAUUUUCCUGUCCUGCUAAGCGUUCAAAAUCGAACAGGGAAAAUGUAUGGAGUAAAAAGUACAUUAUUUUCUUAAGAAAUGUAGUGAAGUAAAAGUAAAAGUAGUGAAAAAUAUAAAUAUUAAAGAUACCCCAUAAAACGACUUAAGUACUACUUUAAAGUAUUUUUACUCAAGUACUUUACACCACUGUAUAGCAUAACCUUUCAGCUGCUUGAAUAAGAUAAUUAGAACACUUUUAAAUAAUUUCAAUGUAGUUCUAAAAUGCACAUUAUAGACAUACUAGAAGUACUGCUCUCUUUAACUGAUUUGCACAGAUUUCCAGUAAUUUGCCAGUUGUUGGCAAUGGUCAUAGUCGCUACAUCACACUUCCUGGUCAUGAACUUCACUGAGCGCACUAAACAUCUGCACUAACUGAGCAGGGUAGUGGGUGGGAGUGACAUGCUUGUACAUCUAAAUACCAUGUGUUUAAAACUAAGCUUAUCUCUUCUCCUUGAUCUCCCAGGAACCAUGCCUGUGUCUAGGAUGAGAAUGAGGCCUUGGCUGGAGGAUAAGAUUGAGUCCAACUCCAUCAGUGGAUUGGUGUGGGUGGACAAGGUAAUACUUUCCUGCUCGUCAAACUCAUCUAAUGCUUUUUUUAGACAAUACUCCCUGAAACACUGCAGUGGGACACUGUCAUUUUAAGAAGAGUACUCAGUCGAGACAUUGACAACUCAAAACAGAUUUAGUACUAUUACCCAUGAACAGGACUACUCAAAACUAGGCAUGUACAGGAGAAGCUGGGGUGAGAGAAAGGAGGCGCUAAUUUGAAACCCAUUUCUUUGUGGUUUUGUCCAGGACAAGAAGAUUUUCUCCAUCCCAUGGAAGCAUGCUGCACUUCACGGAUGGGACCUGAACAAGGAUGCCUGUCUAUUCAAGCAAUGGGCCAUGCACACAGGUAAGAAAAUGACACGUACCUAGACUACCUACUGUGGAAUAGCCCCUCUCAUAAUAAUGGACUUUCACCUAGAUUAACAAUAUGCACUUCAGCACCUCAGGGUUUUUCAAUAUAAUUUCUGCAUCGUAAUAACAAUGAUAUUACUUGUCUGUUGAUGCAGGGAAAUUCAUACAAGGCGAGACUACACCAGACCCUAAGACAUGGAAGCUUAAUUUCCGCAAUGCAAUGAACUCCCUUCUUGACAUCAAGGAGGUGAAAGACAAGAGCAUCAACAGAGGGUCUGGAGCGGUGCGCGUUUACAGAAUGCUGAACGUCUGCACAAAGCCAAAUAACAAGAGGUCAAAAGCAAAGGAUGCAAAGAAUAACAACAAGGUAAGGUUAUAUUACUUUUGAACUGCAACCCUCUUUAGAAUCCCUUUAUCAUCACAUGUAGUACUGUUUUCCCUCUGCUGAAUAAAGACCGGUGCAUGUGUAUUUAGCUGGCUGUAUAAAGACCAGUGUCAACAGAGAUGAAUAUUACAAUCUUAUUUCAUGUUUUGCUGUUUUCUCUUCUAGGGGUUAAACAUCAAGACAGAGGAAAUGGACUACAGUGAAACCCAUUGCCCAGAGGACCGCAACACCAACACACACCUGCAGGAGGACAGAACGACACAGGAGAGGACAGUCGACAGCACAGUCGACAGCACAUACAACCUAGGUGAGACCAUCACAGCAGCGUCAUAUCUUGAUGGCUCUGUCUAUGAUUACCAGACUCUAAUAUACAAAUGCUGCAGAAUUUACAUUAAACAUUGUCCCAACAAAAGAAACAAAGGACAAGAGACUUUACAACGUACGACCCUGAUGUUACAGACUUUCCCACCUCUGUGGAAAUAGGCCCAGACAGCACCAAUGCUGAUGUUCCAGACUUUUCCACCUCUGUGGAAAUAUGCCCAGAAGGCACCAACGAAUACUACCCGUCUUUCCAAGUGUCACCGGAUCACUCCACAGGUAAGAUUAUGCUUGCUUGAUGCUUGGGUUUGAUUCAACUCUUUGUGUUUCAGUGUUGGCUGCAAAUAUAAUUGAGGUUUGCGCAAUGCUCAUGUCAAUUUUCCUUCUUCAACUUUACAGACUAUGAAGACAGUCUAGAUAUGAAUGAAGAAACCCUUAUUGAGGUAAGUUUGUCUCUACCAGUACACGUUCAGUGUGCUUUUUUCAUUAUCAGGAAUACCCAUGUUUACCAGAUAUUCUGCAUUGAAUACAAAAAAUUAUAACACAGUUAAACCAAGCAAAAAUGCAACCAGGCUUAUCCCCUGUGUUUUGCUCUUUCAGAUUGCACAGCAUUGGGAGCAAUUGGAGCAAUUGGAGCAAUUGGAGCAGCAAGACAGUGUAAACAUCAAGGGUUUCCUGAGCAAUGAAGUAGCCACAGCAGAGUCAUACAACACAGCAGAGUCUAAUCACAGUCCAGAGAGCCAAUGGAGUGAUAACUCAGGUAAAUGAUGCUAGAGGGAAUCAGGCUGUUUGUUAUACUGUACUAUUCAACAGCAGGAUUUCAUCAUGUCUGCAUGUAUUGUCUUUGUGUAACAUUUGCUAGUCAAAAUUAAAGACUACAACAGGAAAAUAAAACUCUGCUGGAAUCCAAGGGCCUUUAGAAACAGAUUUUGAAGUAUUUCCUUCAUCAUUUGCAUAAGGUGUGAAACAUGAUAAUGCAUGUAAGGUAAACAGAUGGCAGGGACAAGAACUGAAUGAUCACACCGGAGCCUAAGUUUCCCUAUUUUAUUUUUUCAUUACAUCAAAAUCCUCUAACAAGGCUGCUCUCAACAUUGAACAACAUAAGAGGUAAUCUGUAACUUCAUUCAGCUGUGUUUCUCUUGCAUUACUGACCGGCUUUGUUUUGUUUUGUUUGUCUUAUAGGGUCAGAAAUAGAGCUGCAGUUAUACACAGAACUGAGCCCAGGACAACCAAUGGCUGAAGAUCUCCUCUCUUACACCGACCACUGGGCUCUGAACAACACACUGAACAACAGCACGACCAGUUAUCUCCAACAGAUCUCCUGCUCACUCUGA